AUGGACGGAAAACUAUGGUUUAAAGUAAAUGGUAAUAUAGGUAGUGAUGAAGAAAAUGCGCCGGUACAUAUGGCUAUGAGACUGGUCCUGUCUAAUUCUAAAAUAACGGCCGUUGGUGCCAUUCAGACUCUCUUCGAGGCAUCAAUGUAUACAUUUGUAUUUUUCUGGGGUCCAUUACUAGAGGAACGAAGUAUUAACAUCGAGCACGAAAUGCCUUUUGGAGUUAUCUUUUCCAGGUAA